AUGCAAGGCGACACUUUGGAAUCAGCUCAACUGAAAAUCCUUGAAGGAGUUAAACUCGGACUGAGGCGUUCUGCAAGGGAACUCUCUCAAUGGAAAUUGUACAAGUCGGCGAAAUGGUCCGCGGAAGCGCUACACGGACUCACCAACGUUACCAUAGAUACGAACGCCGCGGAUAGCUCUACGACACAGGACAAUGAUUCUCCAUUGAGGAAUAGAAUUAAUAUGGCGAUCCCAAGCUCGCCCCAGGUACCCGCGGAACAGGUCAGCGGACCAUAUAUGGGUCUAACAGAAAGUGAAUAUGACCUCUAUUUGUUUAUUUCUACGCUCUUUGACUGCAAAGAGUUUGACAGAUGUGUCUUUUUCUUAAGAGAUGCUGAAGAACCGAGGUUGAAGUUUUUGCAGUUCUAUAGUGAAUACCUGUCCUGGGACAAGAAAACAAGAGAAUCCACUGAAAAUGUUUUGAUGACCGGCAAACCCGACAAGAAGAGCGAAAAAGAACUAAGUGAAAAACACCUAUUGGGUAGCAAUUUUCUACAAGACAAUACACAGAAGCAAUCUGAAGGAGUUUUCACUUCAGAAACCGGACAGCAGACAAGCUUGGCGAUAAUACUCAACGAAUUAAGGGUUUACUUGAAGAAAUUGGAUCAGAGGUCCGCAAACACGCUUGGAUUGGCUUUAUUGCAUUAUUUAAAAGGUGUUUUACUCAAUCGACAAGGAAACAAAUCUCAUGCGCUGUCUGCAUUCCUAGAAUCGCUUAGCUAUUACACCUUCAAUUGGACUUGCUGGCUCGAAUUACUAGACUGUAUAACGCGUCCAGAUGAAUCUUCACUGAUAUUGAGACACUUAAACGAAAAGUUUAUAAUAAAAGGGGACGAACCGGUCUCUCAAAAUGUACCGGAGAACAACAUCAUGCUUCAAUUCUUCAAACUGGCUUUAUUACAGGAAUUCAAUUAUAGCGGAUCCGUCGACGAAUUUUUCUUCAUAUUGGAGAACUUGCUCAUCCUGCUACCAAAUUUCACUUAUCUGAAAUCCCAAAGUGCCAUAAUGAACUAUAACUAUAUGGAUUACAGUGUGGCAGAGAACAUUUUUGAUAACAUAUUCAAGUGUGAUCCCUACCGCUUGGAAGAUCUGGACAUAUAUUCAAAUAUUCUCUACGUGAUGCAAAAACACUCAAAAUUGGCGUACCUGGCACAAUAUGUGUCUCAUGUUGAUAGGUUUCGGCCGGAAACCUGUUGUAUUGUUGCAAAUUACUACAGCGCCAGACAAGAACACGAAAAGUCAAUCAUGUACUUUCGGAGAGCCCUGGUUUUGAACAAAAAGUCCACAAGUGCAUGGACGCUCAUGGGCCACGAAUUUGUGGAGCUAAAAAAUUCACACGCGGCCAUCGAAUGCUAUAGGAGAGCUGUUGAUAUUAAUGAGAGGGACUAUAAAGCGUGGUUUGGCCUCGGGCAAGCUUAUGAAGUAUUAGACAUGCAUUUGUACUCAUUGUACUACUUCCAGAAAGCCUGUACACUAAAACCUCUAGAUAGAAGGAUGUGGCAAGCACUCGCUGAAUGCUACGGGCUAUUAAAGAACUCAGAACAAGCCAUCGAAUGCUAUCGAAGGGCCCUGCAACUCUCAUCUAAUGCAGGCCAGGAUGUACUACUGCUGUUCAGGAUGGCAGAACAAUACGAACUAAUAUUAGACAUAGAAAGCUGCAAACAAAAUAUGUUGAAAUGUGUCGCUCUCGAGGACAGCAGCGAUGGAAGCUUCGUCACGGACGAAACCGUGAAAGCGCGCUUAUGGCUCGCUCGGUACGAAAUGAGAAUGCACAACUACCAAGAGGCCUACGAUUACGCCAAAAGAAUAUCCAAUGGAACAUCACAAGAGAUUGAGGAGGCGAGAACAAUUGCAAGAAACUGCCGACAGCUCUUCAACUGA